ACACAGAGCAUCAUCGAUGAAGGUGAACGGUGAUGAGAGUUGGCAAUAUGAGGAUAUAACAUUGGAGCGUGGCAAUUCUGGGCUUGGAUUUUCGAUUGCAGGCGGUACAGACAAUCCUCACAUCGGCACGGACACAUCCAUCUAUAUAACGAAACUUAUAGCGGGCGGUGCCGCCGCAGCCGAUGGCCGUUUGUGCAUUAACGAUAUCAUUGUAUCGGUGAAUGAUGUUUCUGUGGUUGAUGUGCCACACGCGUCCGCUGUGGAUGCGCUUAAGAAGGCCGGCAAUGUGGUAAAAUUGCAUGUGAAAAGAAAACGUGGUGGUGGCGGCGGUGGCGGUGCUGGUGACGCUACUGCCGCCUCAUCGGCCACCUUGCCGCGGAGUGCUGCCGCUGCAGCGGCUGCUGCUGCCGGUCCGAAAGUGGUCGAGAUCGAUUUGGUGAAAGGCAGCAAAGGUUUGGGCUUUUCCAUUGCCGGCGGUAUUGGUAAUCAACAUAUACCGGGCGAUAACGGUAUCUAUGUGACGAAAAUCAUGGAAGGCGGUGCCGCCGCGGUUGAUGGACGCCUGUCGAUCGGCGACAAACUGAUUGCGGUGCGCACAAAUGCGGCCGAAACCAAUUUGGAAAAUGUGACACAUGAGCAAGCGGUUGCCACACUCAAGUCAAUUACGGACAAAGUAACGUUGAUCGUUGGCAAGACGCAACAUCAAGUCAGCUCAUCACAGUCACAAUUCGGGCAGAUUAAUUCGCAUUCAACAGGUGCGAUUAAUAAUAUUGGAAAAACUGUUGUUGAUUUUGCUCGUUCACCAUCACCCUCAAUCACCACCACCACUAUCACCACGAACAACAACAAUGCCACGAGCAACACAACUAUCACUAAUAACAUCAACAAUAAUAUUCAAUCCGCAGUACCCGCCUCCUCCACAGCAGCUGGUGUUGUAGCAUCAACAUCCAGAUCCCAUUCACCUUUGCCUCAACCAGCAUCUAGGUAUGCGUCAUCGAAUGUACUGGCCGCUGUGCCACCUGGAACGCCACGUGCCGUCAGCACUGAGGAUAUUACACGGUAAGUGCAAUAUUUGUAGUUCUACAUGUGUGUAUAUGAAUCGUAUAUAUGUAUGUAAGUAGUAUAUGUAUAAUACAGGUAUAUAU